CCGUAGAUAAAUUUUCACUUCUCCUCAUCUUGAUCGUGAUUUAUUCUUCUUCAUCUCUAUUCGAAAUAAUCGUUCUAUUCAAAGUCCAAUCGUUGAUGCGCUGACUGAGUCGCUAUCUCAUCCUCACAUCAGCUCUUAUCUAUCACUGAUAUCAAUUGAUAGACUAUCGGGUCAACCACUUCCCAUACAACUGUUAACACUUUCAAAAUGAGUGAGACAGGCUCUCACGGCUCUCCUGCCUUGAAGGCUCCCGAGACCAGUUACCCCGAGUCUCGAGUCCUUAUCAUCGGCACAGGAGGAACGAUUUGUAUGCAGCAAGGCCCUGAUGGUCUUCAACCAACAGACAACUUCUUGGAGAAUGCUAUGGCUCCUCGCCCAUCAUUCAAUGACUUCUCAAAUCCAGACACGCUCCCCGCUGUUCGUGAUGGAGAGAAGAUCCAGAUUGAUAGUCUUCGCACUCCUGCUACAGCAUACAAUCGCCAUGUCCGCUAUGGUAUCAUCGAGUUCAGUCCUCUGCUAGAUUCCAGCUCUAUCUCCGCCCACGAUUGGGAUGCUAUGGCAUCAUGUGUUCAAGAGAAUUAUCAUCUAUUUGACGGUUUCGUCAUUCUUCAUGGAACAGACUCUCUCGCUUACACGGCCUCUGCGCUCUCCUUCAUGAUGGAGAACCUGGGCAAGCCCGUGAUCCUCACUGGCUCUCAGGCGCCCAUCUUUGCACUUCAAUCCGACGGUGUCGACAACUUAUUAGGAUCCCUCAUCAUCGCCGGAACAUUCACCAUUCCUGAAGUCUGCCUAUUCUUCCACCACCGUCUGUACCGUGGAAACCGCAGCGCAAAGGUGUCAGCAACAGAGUUCGAGGCUUUUGCCAGCCCCAACUGCGAGCCCAUCGCCAAGGUCAAUGGCCUCGGCAUAAGUGUUAAUUGGCCUCUUGUUCUACGACCAACCUCGAUUGCCAAGUUUCACGUCACAAAGGGUCUUGACACUACUCAUGUUGCCUGUUUGCGCGUGUUUCCUGGUAUCAAGCCUGAGAUGAUCGACGCUGUGCUUCACUUGCCCGAUAUCCGUGGUCUUAUUCUUGAGACAUUUGGCAUGGGUAACAUCCCUGGCGGUGCUGAGGGCCGUCUCACGCAGAUCAUCAAGGCGGCUGUUGAGCGUGGCAUUGUCGUUGUAAAUGUUAGUCAAUGUGUCAAUGGCUUUGUCUCUCCCGUUUAUGCUCCCGGUACUGUUCUCGGCCGAGCUGGUGUCAUCUUUGGGCUCGACUUGACUGCUGAGGCGGCGCUCACCAAAGUCUCCUAUCUACUCGCUCAAACAAACCUCUCUGUCAAGGAAAUUCAGGAGAAACUCUCCCGGUCGCUCCGUGGCGAGAUGACAGAGAUUGCCCACCAGAGCUUCUCUCACCCCUCCGGCUCACUCGACUUUGCCGCAUCCCAUCUUACGCCAAGCGAGACUGCAUUCUCGGCACUCGGAUACGCAAUUGAGAAUGGCGAAUUGGGACUCGUCAAGGAAUUACUGCAAGGUGAAGGUGCUCAACUUCUCAAGCAGUCAGACUACGCAGGCAACACAGCGGUGCAUCUCGCAGCGGUGGCCGGCAGAACCGAGAUCCUCCUUGAGCUGCUACAGCGGGGCGCCAGCGUCCACGAGCGCAACAAGGCCAACCACUCGCCUCUGUUUGUCGCUGUCAAGUCAGGCCAGGAGCCUUGUGCACAAUUGCUGCGCAUUGCUGGUGCUCAUCUGGCGGUGGAGGAGAGGGAUUCUAUGCCUGGUUACGUGACACCCAAGUACAACAGUCACAUUGGAGGACAUGGCUUCUGAUCGAUGAAAGAUCAUAUCAUGUCCUUUUAUCUUUAAGUUUACGUUUUGUUGUUAUGGGGUUAGGUGAACUUUUGAAGCGGACCAGGAUACGGAAAAUGGGUGAUGGAUAUAAGCGACGUUCUGCUAUCAAUUGUUGUUCUUAUGCGAACGGGUAUGAUCAAGGCGCUUCGGGAUAUAGAAAAUGAGAUGACUUGGACUGGAAUAAGAUGAGAUUUUGAACCACGAGAACAAUUCCUGAUAUAAUUGAAGUUCAAUUGGUA